AUGCGUCUUCCCCCUGAACUCGUUUCCCUCGUGUGCGCUUAUCUGCCCAAGGAAACAUUAGCGACAUUCCUCCGCUGCAGCUCCGCCUGCUAUGCUCUCGCCGCUCCGCACCUCUACGCCGCCUUGCGCAUAACCCGCACCAGCUUUCCACUCUUGAUGUCCGGGAUCUUGCUGCGUCCCCGGGACAAAGUGGGCUGGGAUCUUGUCCCUCUGUCCGGCGUACAGGCCACUGCGCUGAGGAGCAAUGCCGCACAGCCCAAGCAACCGGAAGGAAAGUGCGAGGGCGAGGACGAGGCCAAAGGGGGCCAUGGAUCUGGUACGGAGCGGCCCAACACCGCUUCGAGGAGGAGGAAACUCGCCCUUCUCGCUUACUGCACCGAGCUGAUUGUGGAGGAAUACCCCGAUCUCAAGUGUUUCAGCGCCAUCUGCGUCGUGGACUGGCAGGGAGCCAAGCCCCCUAAGCAGAAGGGACAGGCGCUAUUUCCCAAUGUUUGCUCUCUUACAUUCGCUAGACUCGCUGAGCCGUGCUUGCCUGGCGGGCUGCUCCUGUCCGAUUUGGGACUGGCUCACCCUCUCCUCGGUCUCGUGGCACACGGGCACCUGAGGCACAUUGCUGUGCAUCCUGGUACACACGAAGAGGCGGUGUUGCGUGCCGCUUGCGCCAGUCAGGCGACGAUCGUUCGCAUGCCAUGA